UAAACGGUUCACCUGUAAGAAUAUACGAUUUACUUGUAAAAAUAAAUACAUGUGUUUAUAAUAUUACUCGCAGAAAUAUGGUCCUUCGAGAUAAAAAGAACGGCAGUGUGGCGAAAAAUUAAAAUCAAAACGGUUAAAAAGUGAAUAGCAGAAAUUCUUGGCGUGCGGUAAAACAAGAAGUGUUACAUGGAUAUACAUACAUAUAUAUAUAUUUACAGUAACGGACAAUAACACAGAAGCAUCUAUGUAUAUAUAUACAGUGACAAGCAAAAUUACAAUUUUGUUCGAAAAAGUGCUGUGACACAAUAAGUCAACAAUAACAUUACUAAUAAAAAAAAACAACAUUAAAAAAAAAAUUUAAUAAACCAACAUAUUCACCUAACCCAACCUGCGGAGACACGAGGAGCAGAGCUUAUCAGAUAAAGGCAAAACCUGUAUGGAGACCCCUCCGCCCCCCAGAACUGCAAUACAAAUUGAAAUGGAUACACCUGUAAAUCCCACGCCAACUCUCCGUUCGGCUGUUACUGUGCCUCGCUCCGGAAUUGUUCCAGUAGCAGCGCCCCGAACCAUCACGGCAGCAACGGCGCCAACCGUGGCACGAAGCUCAACACGCGCAGCACCGACGCCGGCGCCUCCGAAACCGCACCGCACCAGAUGUUCGCUCUGUUGCCGUUCUCAUAGGCUGCAGCAUUACUCUAUUUUCAAGGGAAUGUUACCCGUACAACGUCAGAAGGUGGCACAGGCACAUUGUUUGCAACCUAACCAUGUGGCACGGCAUCCAGAAGCUGGAUGGUCCUGGCGCCCCCUCAAUACGACAUCCACGCGCAACCAAUUAAGGCCACAACCUCACCACCCCACCGGCCUGAGCGGCGUUGUAGCUACGUUACGGGCACUACAGCGUCUACUAGGCUAGUACUCGCCUAGGGGGGCCGGGAUGUUGAAAUGAACUCCAGUCGCCCGAACUAAUUUAACUAAAAGGCAUCACUGAUCAGUGAAUACAACACUCUCCACAUCAACAUGUUAAUUAGAAAACAGGGCAUCACUGAUCAUCUCCACACCAAACUGUUUUUGUUCCAUUUUUCAUUUUAUACAAACGAGAA